UAUUUUUAGUAUAGCAAAUCGAUCAAAGGUAAUGAAAUGCGGAAGUGUCUUCGAAAAAACUUUCCCGCGGGCACCGUAUAAACACUAGUGCACAAGGACGAAAACGUACACACCCUUAGUUGAAAAUGAGGAUUAAAAGUGACUAAAUGGAUUAAUAUUCUAAAUAAUUCUAAACAAAAGUAAGUUUUCAAAUUUAUAUGAAAAUUAACAUUACACAGAUGAAGUCCACAAGGAUUAUUCUAACCGUGACGCUGCUUUGUUUUUAUUUUAGCUCCGCUGUUAACUGCCGACGGAUUCGCCGCCGACUGGACGAGUUUGGUGAGAUGAUCCUCCUUACGACGGACAGAAACCCCAUGGAUUAUAAUGGUUAUGGAAACUGGUGUGGACUUGGUGGAAGUGGGAAAACGAUCGAUGUAAUCGACGAAUGCUGUAAAGUACAUGACAAAUGUUAUCUGAAGCUGAACCAUGGGGACUGUGACACUUUGUUGAGAUACAGGAUUUACACAACAGAAUAUAAAUGGUCAUUCAAGUCGGGACAAAUUACUUGUAACGAGGAGGAUCCAUGUGGUGCGAAGCUGUGUCAUUGUGACAGCACUGCAGCUCAAUGUUUCGGGGAACACAAGGACGAUUAUAACGCGGAACACAAACAUAACGUAAUAAAAGCCACUAUCAAAAAUCUUUUUGGCAAGCUAGCUUAGAAGUUCGGUUUAAAGCUUACGUCAUAAAUGGACAAUCAGUUGCAGUAGCCGCGAAAGAAACCAUUUCAUGUAAAUAAUCAGUGUGAUAUUUAAAGUUAAAAACGGAUUGUUUUAAGAAUAGCCUGUGGCAGUUCUCGAAGCUGUAAAUUUUUAUUUUGUACAUCGAUAUAAUUUAUGAAUUAAAUGUAUUUGCAAUGUAUUCCGGCAAAAUAUUGAGAAAAAAACACAAACUUUAUCAUAUUGGGAUAUGCUUAAACGAAAGGAAAUAUUCAGUAAACACUGCGUCGGUAUGUAAAUCCAGAAUAUAAUUUCGCAUUCAAGUUAUGACAUAAAGUUGCUUGAUAUCAUUGCUUUACAUAUUCUGAUAUGUCUUCCAUCAAAAGUAUAACUAUGUAGUUCAUUUAUUAGAUCUGUAUGACGCAGGUAUUUUUGAAAAUUACUCAGUUCGCAUAUAUGAGUACCUUUACAGUUUAAAAUAGAAAAAGAAAGCGCAGUGUUCUGAACUACCGUCCAUUUGCUAACAAAAAACCAGGUUGUCAUAUGAUAACAAAAAUAUAUAUUUCCUUUUGUUGCUUAUUAACUAUAAGAUGUAAGUACAUGGUAUCAAAAUAUUCAUUGUAUACAUAUUUUUGAUAAUGGUCCAUCAAAUAUAACGGUAUUACAUUUUGAGAACAUUGUUUUAUAGAUAUUUGUUGAUUUAAGAACCUUUGUUACAAAAUUAUACCACCAAUAAUAUGUUACUAAAGAUAA